AUGGAUGCGCUCGUCUCGGCGGCGUUGGAGGAGGUGUGUGCCCGCCUCUCUGUCGGCCUCCCAGUGGCAGACCUCUGGCCCGCACUCUCCGGCGCGUUCCAGGUGGCCGGCCUCCCCCCCGACCUACCCGUCAAGCGCGUCCUCUUUGCCCGUCUCAUGGCGCUCCCUGUCAUCAACCUCGUGGAGGGUGAGCCGCCACGGCUCGUCCAAUUGCCGGACAAGGACGUGGAGGUGGCCGAGUGGCGUGGCGCUCUACUGCUCGCCACCCCGGAUCUCAGGGACAACUUCCUCGGGCUGUACGACCACCGCCACUCCUCUUCGAGGCUAUCUGACACGCAGAGGAAGAUGCUAGAAUAUAUCGGGGAAGCCAGGACUUCUUGUGUAACACAGAGAGAUCUAGCCCAGAAAUUGGACAUGCAACCAAAGAACUUUCAUUUUAUUGUAAAGAGCCUUGCAUCACAACGGUUGAUAGUUAGCCAACAAACUAUCAUAAAGGGUAAAGACAAUGGGGCUGAGGCUUCACGGAAUAAGAAGGUUACUAGCACCAACUCACUAUAUCUGUCCCGAUAUGCCAAAGGCAUGAACAUGAAUUCACACCAAAGAAUUGAGAUUACAGAGCUGGGGACUAAUGAACCCAAUGAAGAGGCCAAUAUAGAUGCUUUGCAAGAAGAUGGAGCUUUUGGUGUAAAUUUCAAGAAUGACAUAUCCGUUCAUGAUUAUCUUCCAGCAAUGGAAGCCAUAUGUGACAAACUUGAAAAUGCCAGUGGAAAGGCUCUUGUUGUGUCAGACAUAAAAAUUCAUUUAGAUUACAAGAUGGCAAAUGGACAUAGAGCAUGGAGAAAUGUAUUGCAUAAGCUAAUAGACGCACAGCUUGUCGAAGAAUUCAGUGCCGAAGUUGAUGAUAAGGUUGUUCGCUGUUUACGCCUGUUGAAGAAAUUUGAUCUAGUUGAGUUUCAACCGAGAAGUACAAUCCCAGACUACAAAAUUGGCCAGAAACACCAGGCAACUGAUCAAGUCAUGGAGCUUCCAUUAGAUAUGUGUAUAUAUGAUAUGAUCAAAGCUCAAGGGUCAAAAGCUUGGCAAACGUCUUGGGCACAAGAAUUCAAGAAAGCUUCAUGAACGUGUGUCAUCCAU